AUGAGUUUGAUUGAUUUGGAGAACAAUUAUUUCAUUGUUAAGUUUUUGCUUGAGGAGGAUAUGCAGUAUGUAAUUACAGGUGGCCCUUGGCAAAUUGCUGCUCAGUACCUUGUGACUCAACAAUGGAAGCUUGGGUUUAAUCCAAAGGAGGAGUGUGUUACACACAUGACGGCUUGGGUUAGAAUCAAUGGUCUCAAUGUUGAGUAUUUCCCAUUUAAUGUUAUGGGGGAAAUUGGCAAUUUGAUUGGUCAUACUGUCAAGGUCGAUCCUCUCACUAUGAGCCAAGCUAGAGGUAAAUUUGCAUGA